CGCAUCCACCCUCCUGUUCAUCCAUCCACUGUCUGCGCCGCGUUGACGCACCGCUGCGCGCAGGCCCAUCCCCGCCGAACCCGAGGCGGACUCACACCUCUCAGUCGGUCUGGCGGAUUGUCCAUGUAUGGAUGCGUAAAUAAAAAGAAAAAGAAAAAGAAAGGGGGGGAAGGAUGCUGUAGGCUGCAGACAAAGAUCCAGGACGGAGCAGAAUCUGCAGGACGCACGGAAGGAUCCUGAAUGGGAAGAAGAUUCAGCCUCUGCAGUCUGAGCUGGUGAGGUGCCAGGUGUGUGUGUGUGUGUGUAGCUGCGCAGAUCCCCAGGUUCACUGCUCACUCACAUACCCACCGCUAACAUGGCGGGGGCGUCGGUUAAGGUGGCGGUGAGAGUCAGACCCUUCAACUCCAGAGAGGUGGGAAAGGAGAGCAAGUGCAUCAUCCAGAUGUCAGGAAACACCACCACAAUCUUGAACCCCAAACAACCAAAAGAAAACAAGAGCUUCAACUUUGACUAUUCAUACUGGUCACACACCUCGCCUGAGGACAUCAACUAUGCGUCCCAGAUGCAGGUGUACAAAGACAUCGGAGAGGAGAUGCUGCUUCAUGCCUUUGAAGGCUACAAUGUCUGCAUAUUUGCAUACGGCCAAACAGGAGCGGGGAAAAGCUACACCAUGAUGGGACGCCAGGAAAAGGACCAGCAGGGAAUCAUCCCUCUGCUGUGUGAGGACCUUUUCACCAAAAUCAACGACAGCAAUAACGACAACAGCAUGUCUUACUCCGUGGAGGUGAGUUACAUGGAGAUCUACUGUGAGCGUGUGCGGGAUCUGCUGAACCCCAAAAACAAAGGAAACCUGCGUGUCAGGGAGCACCCCCUGAUGGGACCUUAUGUUGAGGAUCUUUCCAAACUAGCUGUCACCUCCUACAAUGACAUCCAGGACCUGAUGGAUUCUGGAAACAAGGCCAGGACGGUGGCUGCUACCAACAUGAACGAGACCAGCAGUCGCUCCCACGCUGUCUUCAACAUCAUCUUCACACAGAAAAAGUAUGACAUGGAGACGGACAACACUUCCGAAAAGGUCAGUAAGAUCAGUCUGGUGGACUUGGCAGGCAGCGAGCGCGCCGACUCGACGGGCGCUAAAGGAACGAGACUGAAGGAAGGCGCGAACAUCAACAAAUCUCUGACCACACUCGGAAAAGUGAUUUCGGCUCUGGCGGAAGUGGACUCGGCGCCAAAUAAGAACAAGAAAAAGAAGAAAGUGGAAAGUUUUAUCCCUUACAGAGACUCAGUGCUGACUUGGUUGUUGAGGGAGAAUUUGGGUGGGAACUCUCGCACGGCCAUGGUGGCUGCUCUCAGCCCUGCAGACAUUAACUACGAUGAAACCCUCAGUACCCUCCGGUAUGCUGAUCGUGCUAAACAGAUCCGCUGUAACGCCAUCAUCAACGAGGACCCCAACAACCGUCUCGUGCGUGAGCUGAAAGAAGAAGUGGCUCGUCUCAAAGACCUGCUGUAUGCACAGGGCCUAGGUGACAUCAUCGAGAACCUGUGCGAUUACAAGAACUUUGCCAAUAAUCGCCAGGCUGCCAAUCAAAGGGGUGAUCUCUCCACAGUGACCAAUGCCAUGACGGGAAUGAGCCCCUCCCCCUCGCUGUCAGCCUUGUCCAGUCGCGCAGGAUCCAUCAGCAACCUCCACGACCGGAUUUUUAGUCCUGCCAGCGAAGAGGCCAUUGAGAGGCUGAAGGAAACAGAGAAAAUCAUCGCUGAGCUUAAUGAGACUUGGGAAGAGAAGCUGCGACGGACUGAAGCGAUUCGCAUGGAAAGAGAAGCCCUGCUGGCUGAGAUGGGCGUCGCCAUGAGAGAAGAUGGAGGUACUGUUGGUGUUUUCUCACCCAAAAAGACGCCUCAUCUGGUGAACCUGAACGAGGACCCGCUGAUGUCUGAGUGUCUGCUGUACUACAUUAAAGAUGGCAUCACUAAGGUUGGGCGUGAAAAUGCAAAGACUCGCCAAGACAUCGUUCUGAGCGGCCAUUUUAUCGAAGAUGAACACUGCACGUUCAGCAGCACAACGGGCCCACAGGGAGAAGGAUGUGUCAUCCUGGAGCCGUGUGAUGAUGCGGAAACAUACGUCAAUGGGAAGAGAGUGACAUCAGCUAUCGUUCUGCGGUCUGGUAACCGCAUUAUCAUGGGAAAGAGCCACGUGUUUCGUUUCAACGAUCCAGAGCAGGCUCGUCUGGAGCGAGAGAGAACGCCGUGUGCCGAGACACCGGUGGAGCCCGUCGACUGGGCCUUCGCCCAGAGAGAGCUGCUGGAGAAGCAGGGAAUCGACAUGAAGCAAGAGAUGGAGCAAAGGCUUCAGGAGCUCGAGGAUCAGUACCGAAAAGAAAGAGAAGAAGCCAGUAAUCUGCUGGAACAGCAGCGGCUGGACUAUGAGAGCAAACUGGAGGCCCUUCAGAGACAGGUGGACUCUCGUUACCUGGAGUCUCCUGAGGAAGAGGAGGAGCCUGAAGAGGAAGUGCCUUGGACCAAACACGAGACCGAGCUGGCAAUGUGGGCUUUCCGAAAGUGGCGUUUCUACCAGUUCACCUCACUCAGGGACCUGCUUUGGGGCAAUGCCAUCUACCUCAAAGAGGCCAACGCGAUUAGUGUCGAGCUGAAAAAGAAGGUGCAGUUCCAGUUUGUCCUGUUGACAGACACACUGUAUUCCCCUCUGCCUCCGGACCUGUUGCCCCCCAGUGUGGCCAAAGAGCGCGAGAAGCGGCCUUUCCCCCGAACCAUCGUAGCGGUGGAAGUACAGGAUCAAAAGAACGGAGCCACACAUUACUGGACGCUGGAGAAACUCAGGCAGAGGUUGGACCUGAUGAGAGAAAUGUAUGACCGUGCUGCAGAGCUUUCUAGCAGCGCUGUGGAGGACUGUGACCACGCCCUGACUGGGGGUGACCCCUUCUACGAUCGCUUCCCCUGGUUCCGUCUGGUUGGCAGGGCUUUUGUGUACCUGAGUAACCUGCUGUACCCGGUGCCUUUGGUGCAUCGCGUGGCCAUUGUCAGCGAAAAAGGAGAGGUGAAGGGCUUCCUCAGGGUGGCCGUGCAGGCCAUCUCAGCUGACGAGGAAGCUCCUGAUUACGGAUCUGGCGUCAGACAGUCAGGCACCGCCAAGAUCUCCUUUGAAGACAAACAGUUUGAGAGGUUCCAGAAUGAGUCGUGUCCCAGUGGUUUGUCUCACUCCAACACAUCCCAGGAGGAGUUGCGCAUUGUGGAGGGAGAAGGACAGAACAGUGAGAUGGGAAUCUCUGCUGAUGAAGUUAACAAUAACACCUGUGCCGCCACUAUGGAGGCUCCACGCAGCCCCUUGACGAGCUUCGGUCUGGGCCUGGACCUUCCUCUGGACCUGACUCAGGAGAAGACUCUGUCCCACCUGAAGGUCGGCAGCACCUUCACCUUCAGAGUCACCGUCUUACAGGCAUCCAGCAUUUCUGCAGAGUACGCCGACAUCUUCUGCCAGUUCAACUUCAUCCACCGGCACGAUGAAGCUUUUUCCACAGAGCCACUGAAGAACACGGGCAGAGGGCCGCCGCUCGGUUUCUACCAUGUGCAAAAUAUCACAGUGGAGGUGACCAAGUCCUUUGUGGAGUACAUCAAGACGCAGCCGAUUGUCUUCGAAGUGUUCGGCCACUAUCAGAAACAGCCUUUCCCACCUCUCUGCAAAGACUUGAUCAGUCCAUUGAGACCUUCUAGAAGGCAGUUCCCCAGAGUGAUGCCCUUAUCCAAACCUGUGCCAGCCACAAAGCUCAGUACUCUGACUCGGUCCACUGCAGGGCCAUGUCAUGCCAAAUAUGAUCUCAUGGUCUUUUUUGAGAUCCGCGAGUUGGAGGCCAACGGAGACUACAUCCCGGCUGUUGUUGACCACAGAGGCGGGAUGCCCUGCCAUGGGAUCUUCCUCCUCCAUCAGGGUAUUCAGAGGAGGAUCACAGUCACCAUCGCUCAUGAAACAGGACACGGCAUUGAGUGGAAAGAGGUGAAGGAGCUGGUUAUUGGCCGUAUUCGAAACACCCCAGAGGCUGACGAGACCAUCAUUGACCCCAAUAUCCUUUCCCUUAACAUCCUGUCUUCUGGGUACUUCUGGCCAAAACAUGAUGACAACCUGUCCUUGGGGGUCGAUCAGAGAACCUUUUACCGAUUUGAAGCAGCGUGGGACAGCUCCAUGCACAACUCCCUCCUGCUGAACCGUGUCACGCCCUACGGGGAGAAGAUCUACAUCACCCUCACUGCUUACGUGGAGAUGGAGAACUGCACUCAGCCGACAGUGAUCACCAAAGACUUCUGCAUGGUGUUUUACUCUCGAGACACCAAGCUGCCAGCCUCCCGCUCCAUCAGGAACCUCUUCAGCACCGGCUGCUUCAGGCCCUCUGAGAGUAACCGAGUCACAGGAGUCUAUGAAGUCACUCUGUGCCACCUGGCAGACCACGGAAGUCCAGGCAUGCAGCGUCGCCGCAGGCGGGUGCUGGACACCUCGGUGGCGUACGUCCGUGGAGAGGAGAACCUGGCUGGAUGGAGGCCACGCAGUGACAGCCUCAUCUUGGACCAUCAGUGGGAGUUGGAGAAGCUCAGUUUGCUGCAGGAGGUGGAGAAGACGCGACACUACCUGCUGCUGCGGGAGAAACUGGAGGCGACUCUGCAGGCGGGACACGAUGCGCUCUACAAAAGCAGCGACAUCAGCGACUUUGCCAAGAGUCCCGUCCUCAGCUGCAGCCCCGGCAGCAGUCCCGCUUCUGACAGCCCUAAUGAGAGGCAGCGGGAGCUGGCUGCAAAGUGUCUGCGUCUGCUGAUGCACACCUUCAACAGGGAGUACAGCCAGGUGAGCAGCAGUGCCAGUGAGAGCAAGCUCUGUGAGAUGUCUGCAUCAUUAAUGAGAGAUUCAUCAUCCUCUGGACUGAGCACAAUCACUCCGUCCUCUACCUGCCCCUCUCUGGUAGAGGGACACUAUGACAUUAGACACACUGAUCCCAGUUCUGGAGCAUACCCGGAUCUGGACCCAUACAGCCCCAUGGACAGAAAGAAAGCUCUCAGAGGAUGCACCUUUGUUCCUGACAUCCAGGAGAUUCGCGUCAGCCCCAUUGGUCUAAGAAGGGCUACCUGCACUUCCUGGAGCCCCACACCAGCGGCUGGGUGAAGCGCUACGUGGGUGGUGCGCCGACCCUACGUGUACUUGUACCGCAGCGAGAGGGACAGCGUGGAGAGAGCCGUCAUCAACUUGUCGUCUGCUAAGGUGGAAUACAGUGAAGACAAACAGACCUUACUGCGGACGCCCAACACAUUUGCUGUGUGCACCGAGCAUCAUGGGAUCCUGCUUCAGGCUGCCAACGACAAGGAGAUGCACGACUGGCUGUAUGCCUUUAACCCACUCUUAGCUGGCACCAUCAGGUCAAAGCUUUCUCGGAGGAAAGUCGGUCCAGUCAGUCCAGCCUGCUCAGAGGAUUGUGAGAGGUGAACCAGGCUGGUGGAAAACAGCAAAACAAACACAAUCUAAAGACUCGCCCUGCUCUCAUCAACAAUACCACAUAAACAGCUGCAUAAACUAUUCAAAGAAACCUACCCCCCCCCCCCCCCCCCCAAAAAAAAAACACGGCAGCCUCUUCCCAAACACCCUAACAAUAAACCCAAACCACACAUCCUGUUUUAGCAUUCGCUGUCAGUAGCCAUCUGAAACCCUGCAUGGUUCACUUACAUCCUCAGCUCUAGAAGAACACAUAAACUAACAGCUCCAAUCCAGUAAUUACCUUAGCAGUGCUGGGACAACUUUGGAUUGGUCUUUGAUUUUCAUAUACUACAUGUUCAACUGUCCUGUGUGAGGCUGUAAAAACAUAGAGGUAAACAAAUGUUUACUUCAUGUGCUGUCCUACCGUCAUCCUUUCACUGUGAAUAAGACCCAAUCAUACCCCAACCAUUCAUGUAUUUCUAAUAAAUGCCAUCAGGAGAGGCGAAAAACAAUAUUAAAUCAUCUUGUUUCCAGCCAGUAAUCCGGGUGUUUGAUUGUC